AUGGGCUUUCCCUGGCCAUUGUCCAGUCACAAAGAAGAGACAUACCACGAUAGGUCGCCGGCUAGCGACAUCAGCGCACACCAGGAACCAUAUGUGACAGAAGCAUUGCUCGCCCCGGAAGAUGUACGGCCUUACACGGAUUCAAAACCUCGAAGGCAGAUCUUGCUGCAACGGUGCAUCAAUAUCAUACUGUUCCUGGUGAUCCUCGCAGAAUCCAUUGCUCUAUACCGAUGCAAGAGACAUUUGCUGGUUCGGCAAACACCAGUGCCCAACUUUAUCAACGUCGAGCGGACCUGGAUUCCCGAUCAACGUUUCGCGCACAAAUACAUGUUCUCUGACAACAACGCCUUCGCCGAGGUGUACAAGGGCUGGGAAACUCUCUUUCCUUGUAAGUCAACGUCGUUCCCUCAGCUAGGGAGGCCGAGUCUGGCGAACCCGAAUCUCCAGCUAAUUUUCAUCACUUCCACAGCGGCAAUGGGGAUGAUCCACAUCGACGAUGGACAGUCUUACAUCAACAAUCCCCCGUAUCAGUCCACACUCACGCUGUUGGGAGGGUCGGACGCGUACAUGGUUACUAGUAUCCACCAGCUGCACUGUCUAAGAAUUAUUCUCAGCACCUACGGCGUGCUUCGGCUAGGGGGCACAAAUGAUGUCGACGAUGCACAUUUGGCUCAUUGCUUCGAUUAUCUGCGGCAGGGUUUGAUGUGUUCGAUCGACACUAGUAUUGAGGGAAAUUCCACAGAGUAUGGUGAAGGAUGGGGCAGCGUACAUGUAUGCAAGGACUAUUCGAAGAUCGUGAAAUGGAUCGACCACCAGACGGAGGGACUUGAGCAAGUCCGAACGGAGUCCCAGGGAUAG